CCCAAAAUUGCAACUGUAAGCCAAGCACCCUUCCCGCCGUCUGAAACGAUAAACCGCUAACUGUUCCUACAGCAGAAAUUUCCGGAGUACUUGAUGGUACGUCUUUAAAAUUGUUCCGAAAAAGACUGAACACUAACUUCUGAAGUCAACUCUUAUGGAACUAUGUUUAAUAGAAGAAGAUGAAGCUACGACAUAGUGUGAUACUCCGGAAGUAUCAAUGUGUCGGUAAAGGUGUUGUAAAUUUGGGGGAAAUAAUUGGUGUAGGUUUAUAGUUGGCACUUUUUUUUUUCAUUUCUAGGCAUAUCAUCAAAAUAGUAUUUUGACUUUUGUAUUAAGAGAAAUAGAGUGCUGCAUUGUUUGCCAUUAGAUUUUGAUAAAUUUUCUACUUACCCAAGUGUGAAUACAGUUGCCUUCUUUAACUGUUUACAGUCUGUUUUAAGAACGUCUUUUUAUCAGGAUUUGAUGAUUAUUAUACAUCUAAGUGACAGCAGGAUCUUGACAACUGAAUAAAAAUGUCUCAAGCUACAAAGAGAAAACAUGUGGUCAAGGAGGUGAUGGAAGACUACAUGGUACCUUCUGGGCAGCAGCAGAUAGUCAGAGUACUUGGUAGUCCUGGAAAUAAUCUGCAUGAAGUCAUAACUGCUAAAGGGGAAAAGUUCUUGGUGAGCAUGCCCACCAAGUUUCGUAAAAACAUCUGGAUCAAAAGAGGUGAUUUCUUGAUUGUUGACCCAAUUGAAGAAGGGGAGAAAGUGAAAGCAGAAAUGGCAUUCGUCUUGUAUAAGGCCCAUAUCCAGUAUCUACAGAAAGAAGGAUUUUGGCCUGAAGAGUUUCAGACAGAUUCUAGGGAAAAUGACAUCACUAAAGUAAACAGUUGCAGUCUACCUGCCUCUCAAGACUCCCUGCAGAAUGUUUCAGAAGAGAAAUCUGAUGGUGAAGAGGAAAACAGUGGUUCAGAUAAUGAUGACAGUGAUCUGUUUGUAAACACAAACAGAAUCAAUUACGAAUACUCUGAAAGUGAGGAAGAAGAAUCUGAGGAUGACAGUGAAGAAGAUGAGAACUAAUUGUUACUAAGAAAACAGGACCGUGUCAACAUAGAACAAUAUUUAACAGUACCAAAUGAUUGACAUUGAUGUCUCUCUCAAAAUGGCACAGGGAAAAACUUACGUUGAGGAACAGCAGAGUAUCUUAAGGACUAGAUCCCAUGGAUCCCUUUUCUAAAUGUGCUGUGCUGAUCUGUGCAGCACAACUUUCGUUCUACUUGCCCUCCAGUACAUUGUGCCGUAACACAGCCUGAAACUUGAUGUUGAAAACAGGAGUAUAAAAUGGAUUUGAGGAUUUCUCAUUGCUAAAGGGAUAUGCAUUGUUUAUUACUGUAGAGACUGCACUGCAUCCUGACCAUUGUAAGCAGUCAUGCAUUGCCUGCUUUCUGCAUAUGUUUUCCAAGUACUAUCUGUCAACGUGAAGUACAUAGAGCAUAAAUAUUCAUAUCAGGUGGAAAGUGUUCCUUAUUAUUGCUGCAGUAGUAACUUUGGCUGCAGACUUUUGUUGUUAACAACGAUCAUGCAUUACAUUCCUUACAACAGGAAUAGAGUUAGCAUUAAAAUAUGUUUUGAAUAUUUA